AUGGCCAGGUAUGGCUUGAAUGGCUUGAGUUCGCUCAUCAAAAUGGACCAGACCGACUACACCACAUUUGCCAUAGGCCAGGAUAUAAGCAAGUUCGGGUUGGAUCUCUCCAAGGACUCGCAGAUAUUGAAGAACUUGUCGUCGCCGUGGUCGGAAACUUCCAGAUCCGAGGUGGAGCCCUACUUCAGCUUGCCUCAGUCGUUGAGGAGUGAGAACAUUGUACCCAAGCCAGGGCCUUGUGACAACAAAAUACAGUCGUUCACGGACGAGACAUUAUUCUACAUCUUCUACAUGAAGCCCAGAGACACCUUGCAAGAAUACGCUGCCAGAGAGUUGGUGGCACGGAACUGGAGAUACCACAAGGACAUCCAGGUGUGGCUAACCAAAGACAGCAACGUGGAGCCUAUUUUGAUCAGCCAGGACAUCGAGAAGGGGGUGUACAUAUUCUUUGACCCGCACAACUGGGAGAAGAUCAAGAAGGAGUUUGUGUUGCAUUAUUCGUCGGUGCAAGCGUAA